GGGAUUAGAUCUGGACACCUGGCAGGCCAUUUAGUUGGAAGUUUGUUGCUUCUCCAGACAACCGAACGUUCUUACUUCGUUUGCUUCCAUUUGUCACAUCGCAAGAUCAAUAUGGGCUCGAAAAGGGGAAUUAUUUACUUGGCAACCAGCCUACAAACACUGUGCAAGAAAGCUGAGAAAAUCAGUGAAAAGUGCUGGAAAGUCGCAAAAAUUACUAUGAUUUCUACUAGAGAGAAUCUACUGUGCCGCCCCUGGCAGCAACGAAAGUACGAGUACCACAAAAAAAAGGUGCUUUCGGCUACGCCAGUGAUCGACACGAAAUCGCCGCCUCAUCGUCCUCAUGUGGCCCUCAAACUCAAAAAACUCCAAAAAGAGGAGGAGAGAUCCCGGAAGAUUGAACGCGACAACUUGAUGCUGCUGCAGAAGCUAAAUUAUAUCAUGGCGAAACAUUGGCAGGACAAUUACCUGCCGCCUCAGCCGACUUUUCUCAGCAGGAUUGGCGUGUAUCGCAGUUCCGAAUCGGGGCUUUUAGAGGCUCUGGCCGACGGCCAAGACUCGAAAAUCCAGGUCUGUUUGAUUUUGCAAAAAACUUGAGUUUUUUCUUGCCUCAGAGUCGUUUUUUCUGUCUAAAAUAGAAGAACGUUUCUUCUAUGUAACGAGCCCAGAGGGGACUCAAGGGCGGAUCCAGGG